CUUUUGACACAAGCGAAGGAGGAGGUGCUCUCUGCGGUCGGCUAUUCGCGAAACAACACCAGAGCCGAGAAUUUUCAAAAAGUUAGGCAAAUUUGUUGUUGGUGGGUUGAGUACCAGACCUGUGCCGUCAAAUCGGUGAUUGACAGGUGCGGCGCACAGGCGGCCAUUCUUGUGAACGAAGAGUUUUACAAGACAUACACGUCGAGCGCCACAUCAAGAAUACUCACUUAUAGAUCAUGUCUACCACAGGAUAAGACAUUCACAUAUCCGGCCUGUUUUCUGGACCAAUCGGUUGAUCCAAACUCGUUGGGCAUCGCUUUGGACAGCAAUAACGAGUUGGACGUCGAGGACAACAGCAGAACUAAAGACAUACAGAAUAUGUUUGGAAACAAAAGCAAUGAAACGAAUCCAACGGAUUUCGUUCACAUCGAGGCCUCUAUUUAUAACUCGACGCCAAUUAACAGUAAUCCAAAAUUAGUGCCACAACUCAUUGCUUUGGCUUUCGUUAAACUUUUUCUGUAAAACUUGUUUAUAAAAACAUUAAAAGUAUAACAUUUACUGACGA